AUGGCACAGCCCAGAUAUGUGGAGCUUCUAGGGGACACCAGUCUUAUGGUUGCUGCGGCUCACAAUAACGUGGCGAAUGUUAAAAAUCAUAUAGAUAAGGCCGGCUCCGUCAAUAGUGUGGGCAACACGGCCCUCAUUAUUGCAGCCAUGCGAGACUCAUCUGACGUUAUUCCUUUACUUCUUGAGCACGAGGCCGGGAUGAGAGAUGCCAUGAAGCGCACGGCACUUAUGCAUGCUGCUCGCCUAGGGAACUAUAACUCGGCAAAGUUGCUCAUGCAGAAGGAGGCACGUAUGCAGGACAAGGACGGGUGGUCCGCUCUUAUCUACGCCACUGUCUAUAAGCACGGAAGCAUCGUUGACCUCCUUAAAGAUACGGAGGCCUGUCUGACCACCACAACCAAAUUGUGCGCCCUUAACUUCGCUAUCUUCAUUAAGAACACGGAACUGGUUGAAAAGCUAUUGGCACUGGAGAAGGAAGCAAUGGGGCUGACGCCGCUUAUGGAAGCUGCGUGUAAGGGCGAUCGAGAUGAGGUCGCGGCGUAUCUGGAGGAGUAUGGUGGGCGGCAGGAUAAUUGCGGCUUGACUGCGCUGAUGUUUGCAGCCUCCCAUGGAAACUCCAAUGUAAUACCCUUGUUACUCCAGAAGGAAAGCACCCUGACUGACUCCAACGGUCUCACAGCGCUCAUGCGUGCAGCUCUUGCCAAUAAGCAUGAGUGCGUACGCGAGCUUCUGGAUGCUGAGGCUCGGUUGUCACGGCCCGAUGGUUGGUUCGCGCUCAUGUUUGCAACGCAGAAGGGGUCCAUUGAGUCCAUUAAGCUAUUAAUUGAACGCGAAUACGACAUGAAAAACGUUGCUGGGGUAACUCCCUAUCAGAUAGCCAAGCAAUUAGACAACAAGGAGUGCAUGAGUCUGCUGGCCGGGAACGGUCUUCAAUUUCUUCUGGAGAAGAAGUAUAAAGGUCAGGAGGACAAGCUGGGGCAAUGCUCCAUCUGUCUUGACGCUUGCUGUACAAUGGAGUGCUUGCCAUGUGGCCACAAGUGUGCCUGUGUAGAGUGCUCAAACAGGCUUGUGGAUAUGAAUCGAAGGGACUGCCCGAUCUGUCGUAGACCCAUUGAGAAAUGGCAACCAAUUCAAUCCAUAGACGGCUGA